AUGAGUAGUGUAUUUGAUAAACUUAAGAAACAGAGAUCAAAGGAAUGCAAAGCAACAGAUUUUUAUGAGGUUAAAAAUAAAAAUGACGAAAUAUAUGAAGUAGUAGAUGAGGAGGGGUAUAUGAAAAAUAAAAGGUCCUUACAAAAUUUUAUAGUUGGAGGUGAUAAAGAUUUUGAUUCAAGUGAUGAUGUUAUUGUGGAAAAUAUUAAUUUUACUUUAUUGAAAAAAAAAAAUGUUGAUAAAGAACCCAAGGUCAAGAGAAAUCAAACGCUAGAUGAUUUCAUACGAGAAAAGAAACUUAGAAAAACUUUAUCAGGAAAUAAAUUAAGCAAAGAAGAAAUUCACAAAACAAAAAAUAUUGAAGAACUAAUGGAUCAGAAUACUUCAAGUGAUAGUGAUGGCGAAUUCAGGACACGAAAAAGGAAAACUAGAGAAUCCUAUGAAAAUAGUAUGAAUAAAAAUAUGAACAAAUCAAGUUGUUAUAUUAGAAGUAAAGAUUAUGAAUAUAAUAUAUAUGAUAUGAAAUAUGCAAAUGAAUAUAAUAAACAAAUAAUCGAAAAUAAUAAUAUGAAUAAUAUUAAUAAUUAUAAUAAUAAUUAUAAUAAUUAUAAUGAUAUGUCUUUUGUUAAUAAAGAUAUAGAUUAUUCUAAGCAUAUUAAAGUAAAGAAUGAAAAAGAAGAUAUAGAUACACAUCAACCAAAUGAUAUACAUAGAGAUGUAGGAUCGCUUCUUAAAAAAAAAGAAAUCUAUGUUAAAAAAGAAGAAGAACGAAAUAUAGUAAGUGGUGAUAAUGAUGACGAGGUAAUCGAAAUAAAAAAAAAAAUACAUCUCAUGAAAAAUGAAUCAGAAGUUAAAAAAGAAAAUGAAAUUAAACAAGAUGAAGAAAAAAUGAGAGAAGAAAAAGAAAAAGAAAAAGAAAAAGAAAAAGCCCUCCAAAAUAAUAACAUAAACAAUAAUAACAUAAACAAUAAUAACAUAAACAAUAAUAAUAUAAACAAUAAUAAUAUAAACAAUAAUAAAAUAAACAAUAAUAAUAGCAAUAUUAGUAAUAACCAUGUGGAUGAUUUUUAUAAUGAUUAUAUCUUAAAUGAAAUGAACAUAUCACCACUAUUUAUUAAAAUAGAAAAUGAGACGUUAAAAAAAGAAGAAAAGAAAUUAAAAGAAAAUGAUAUAAAUAAUAAUGAUGAUGAAGAUAUAUUAGAAAAUGAUAUAGACUCUGAAAUGUUAAAAAAUAAAUAUGAGCAAUUAAUAAGAUAUGAAGAAAAUAAUAAUUCAUUUGUAAAUGUAUAUAUAUUUGAUAUAUGUAAACAUAGAAAUAGUAUAAUAUUAUUUGGUAAAACUUUAACUAAGUUUAAAAAAUAUAAAAGUAUAAGUAUAUUUAUAGAAAAUUUAGAUCGAUAUUAUUAUUUCUUAUUAAAUAAAAAUAAAGUAUAUUAUGAAAAUGGAGAAGAAAUAAAAUAUAAUCAUGAUAAAUUUAAAAUUCAUAUUAUGUCUGAAUUUUUAGAAGAAUUCAAAAUAAUAAGAGAAUAUCAUAAUAUAAAAAUGGCAAAAUAUAAAAUAGUUAAAAGAAAAAAUUUAAAUUUAUCUUCAUAUGAUGAAGAAUUAUAUAUAAAAGUUUUAUAUUCUUAUAAUAAUGAUCCUAUACAUGAGAAGUUUCAAAAGGGUAGUUCAUAUUUAUCAUUCUAUUGUUGUAAUGAAGAUAUUGUAGAAAAUUUUAUUAUAAAGAAGAAUUUAAAAUUACCUUGUUGGUUAAAAAUAAAAAAUUUAAAAAAAAAUGAUUUAAGUAAUUUAACCUAUUGUUAUUUUGAUUGUAUAGUUGAAGAUAAAAAAAGUAUAUUAUUGUGUGAUAAGAUUCAUGAGAAGAAAGUUGAUAUAAAUAAAAAUAUAGACGACCAAAACAACACAAAUAUAUACAACAACAUCAACAACACAAAUAUAUACAACAACAGCAACAACACAAAUAUAUACAAUAAUAAUAAUAAUAGUGGUAGUAAUAGUAGCCUUGGAAGAGUUAUAAUAUCUGAUGAUGGACCAAAAAAAAUAGAACAAACUUAUCAACAACUCACAGAUAUUAAUUUAAAUAAAUUAUAUAUAAAAGUUGUUUCUUUAUUAAAUGAAGAAAAUAUACAUGAGGUUUUUAGUAUAUGUAGUUUAGUCCAAAUAGAUAAAUUGAAAUAUAUAAAUUUCUGUGGUAUUUCUAAAAAAUGUUUAAAGAAAGGAACAAUAAAUUAUAAUAAAAGCUUAUGUAAAUUAUUUGAUAAUGAAAAAGAAUUAUUACAUACAUUUUUAGAAAAAAUUAAAGAUCUAGAUAUAGAUAUAUAUAUAGGUUAUAAUAUACUUAAUUUUGAUCUAGAAUUUUUAAUACAUAGAUGUAAUAUUCAUAAUUUAAAUUCUUAUAUAUUAAGUAGAAAAAAAAAAAUGAAAAAAAAUGAAAAAAUGAAAGUUAAUAAAUUUAAUGGAACCAACAGCACUGGAUCAAUGUAUAAUAUCAUACAAAAUAUAAAAGGAAGAUUAAUUGUUGAUAUAUAUCUUUUAUGUAAAGAUUCUAUUAAAUUAACAACUUAUUGUUUAGAUGAAAUUAUAGAUCAUGUCAAAAAUAAAUUCCAAGACAAAUCCAAACAACCAACAAAUAAAACAACAAAUAUUAAUAAAACAACAAAUAUGAACAAAACAACAAAUAUGAACAAAACAAAUAAUAUGAACAAAACAGAUUAUACACGUCAACAAAGUGUUGUCAGUCAAGAAAGUGUCACCAGUCAAUCCACACAAAGUAGCCAAGUUAAUCAUACAAAUCAAGUGAACUGUGUCAAAAAUGAAGAUGAUAUACAUGCUUCAAACAAAACUACAAGUAAUCAAGAUAUUCCUACUGAUGUUGCUUCAACGAACAGUCAUAAAAGUAAUACACACAUAAAUAUCUUCAAAGAUUUUCUAGUAAAUAAUAUUAACCUAAUAAAUUGUAGCAAUAUACAUUUAUAUGAUGCUCAAUCCAUUAUUGAAAACCAUUUAAAUACAUAUAUAAACAGCCAAAUAUUCUGUAUUAAUGAAACAGUUAAUGUAUGUAAUAUAUUACAAAUAAUCGAAAAAACAAGAGACUUGACAAAAUUAAGUGGUUAUAUAUGGAUGAGAAGUUUAUUAUGUUAUACAAGUGAACGGGUUGAAUUCUUUUUAUUACAUGAAUAUAAUAAAAAAAAGUUUAUAACACCUAUAAUAAAAAAGAAAGCUAAAAAAAUUGAAAACAAUCAAAUGAAAAAUAAAAACACUGCCAAAUAUCUAGGUGGGUUAGUAUUAGAUCCUUUAUGUGGUUACUAUGAUACAUUUGUGUUGUAUUUAGAUUUUAAUAGUUUAUAUCCAUCCAUUAUUAUAGAAUAUAAUGUAUGUUUUAGUACCAUCAAAUUAAAAAAUAGCGAACUAGCCAUAGAAAACACUAAAGAGAACACAAAAAUGAAUGGCAACAACGAUAAUGAUGAUUAUAAAAAUUUUCGUGAUGAUGACAAAAUUUAUCGUGAUGAUGACAAACUUUAUCGUGAUGAUGACAAAAUUUUUCGUGCCGAUGAGAGUUACUAUAAUGAUAACAAUUAUAACAAAUUAGAAGAUGAGAACCAACUAGAAAACAAUGUCGAAAUAGACGAAUUCGAUAAAAGCAAACAAGGUAUUUUACCUUGUAUUUUAAAAUCGUUAGUAGAAAAGAGAGCAGCUAUUAAAAAAUUAAUUGCAAAUGAAAAGAAUAAAGAAAAGAAAGAAUUAUUAUUAAUUCAAUCAUUAUCAAUAAAACUAAUUAGUAAUAGUAUUUAUGGUUGUUUAGGAAAUACAAAUAAUAGAUUUUAUGCAAAACAUAUAGCUUCUUAUAUAACAUCCAAAGGUAGAAAUUUAUUACAGCAUACAAAAUUUAAGGUCGAAAAAGAAUUUAAUCUAAAGGUUAUAUAUGGUGAUACAGAUUCUAUUAUGAUAGAUACUGGCAUUAAAGCUAACAAUAUUAAUAAUUAUAAAGAAUCAUAUAAAUUAGCACAUCUUAUAAAAAAUAGUAUAAAUAAAAAUUAUAAAAAAUUAGAAUUAGAUCUAGAAUGUAUUUUUAGUAAAUUAUUAUUAUUGAAAAAAAAAAAAUAUGCAUGCGCUAAAGUAAUAGAUAAUAAUUUAGAAAAAUAUGAAUAUGAAAUGAAAGGAAUCAAUUUUAUUAAAAGAGAUUUUAGUAAGAUAUCUAAACUAAUUGGUAAUGAAGUAUUAAGAAUUAUAUUUACAAAUAGAGACAUCGAUUCAAAAAAUAUGCCAGUUCUUUAUGCAAAUGAUUUAUCUGAGCAAAUACAUGAGUAUUUAAGAACAGUAAACCAGAGGAUACAAAACGAUGAAUUCGAUUUGGACUAUUAUAUUAUCACUAAGAAGCUAACUAAAAACGUAAAUGAAUAUCAAGAUAAGAAUUCAUUAGGACACGUACUUGUUGCUGAAAGAAUGAUAAAAGAUGGAUAUAAUAUUUGUAUAAAUAAAGAAAUUCAAUAUUGUGUAUGUGUAAGUGAAGAUGCUUCUAGGUUUUAUAAAAAGCCAAGUGAGAAAUUAAAUAAUUCUCAAUGUUGCUUUAGUGUAAAUGAAAUAAAAAAAUAUAAUUUAAAAAUCGACAAAGAAUAUUAUAUAAGGAAUCAGAUUCUUUCUCCUAUUAAUAGAUUAUGUCAAUAUAUUGAAGGUACUAGUGCUGAAAAAUUAUCAUCAUGUUUUAAUAUUCACGAUGUUAAAGAAAUAAAAACAGAUAAACAAAUUGAAGAAAAUUAUUUAGAAACAAAUGUAUUAUCAUUAUUAAAUGAAUCAGAAGAAAGAUUUAAAGAUAUUCAUUUAAAAGGAUUCUUAAUAUGUUCAAAUUGUUUGCAUAAUGUAAAACCAAAUAUAUUUAUUAAAUAUUUUAAAUGUAAUAAAUGUCUUACAUAUUUAUCUAUAGAACAAAUACGAAAUUAUAUAUUCUCAUUUAUUCAUCACUUAUGUAAUACAUUCUAUAAACAGUUAUAUAUAUGUCAAGGAUGCACACUCAAAACAAGACGUAUAUUCUUAAAAGACGAUAAAAAUUGCCCAAAUAUUAAUUGUGAAUAUAAUAAAAAUUCUUUAAAACCUUUAAUAUCGAAAAAAUAUAUUUAUUUAAUAUUAGAGUAUUUCCUAUUCUUAUUAAAAGACAAUCUAAAAAAAAUACCUUCCAGUUUGAUUGAAAAAACAAAAUCGGAGCUAUCAAAUGAAAAGGAUCAAACAAAGAAAGAAAAUAAUAAAACAACGGAAGAAAAUAACAAAACAACGGAAGAAAAUAACAAAACAACGGAAGAAAAUAAUGACACAGUCGAAGAAAAUAAUAAAACAAACAAUCAGAAAGAAGAAGAAAAAGAUCAUAACGGUUCUAUAUUAAAUUCCCCUGAUGAUAUAAAUAAUAAAUAUUCAGAAAAAAAUAAUCGUAACAUAUACAAUAAUAAUAGUAAUAAUAAAGAUGUAGAGAGUGAAGAAUAUUGUAACGAUUUUAUUGUUUGUCUAUGUAUAGAUGAAGGUUUUAAAACUUAUAUUCUUCAUGAUGAUAUUAAUAAAUAUAAAAAUAUAAAAAUUGAAGCAUAUGAUGAUAUAUGCAAAUAUAGAGAAUUAAGUGUUAAUAUAACCAAAGGAUUAAAAAUGAAAUAUCCAAAUAUAUCUAACUUUCUUUCAUAUCUAAAUUUAAGAACUAAUGUUUUUUUUAUUAAUUAUAAUGAAGAAAGAGAUAUCAUCAGAAAUUCAAUCAAAUAUAUUGUGCACAAUAAUAUAUAUUCACAAAUCUUUUUUGAUCAAGUCUUUUCAAUCUUUCAUUUACCUUUAUCAUCACACAUAACAGAAAUGUAA